UGCAGUCGUUGAUGUCUGGAUGUCGAAAAGGAAGCCUUCAGUUCUCCCAAGCAACAUCCCUUCUACGCGCGACCUCUGCGACUUUCUUGGCUUUAAUGGCACAGAGGCCAAGAACGACCUCUGUGACUUUUCACGCAAAUGGCGGAUGGCCUACACCACUAGGAGCGGGUGCUGUGGAACUAAGCUUCUGAAUUGGAAAUUCGAACAAGAAGACCUGAAAAUUAUGGCACAAGCCUUCUUAUCCGACGCAGUAGAAGAAGAAUUCUGGUCUAACAUGAAAGGAGGAGACUCCAUUCCAAAGGGUUCCGAUGAAGAAACCGUGAACUUGUUGAUGCAGCUUUUAUGGAAACAAAACAAGUAUGCUUAUAACAAUGCCAACUAUCCUAAGCCGUCUCAAGAUCGUAUUCGGCGUAUAGAUGCGACACAAUACGACGACCAGCAAACUAAACGCAGAAAGAGAGAUGAUGGCAUUUUCAUCGCCUAUGAUCAGGAUGGGUUUAUGGAACGGGCAACGAAGCAGAGCUCCCUUUCUCAGCAAUUCAGCCCUGCACCACCACCUCUAGCGCCUCUCCAGACAGAUACAGCAGCACUACCGCCAACUGAGUCCCAAUCACCACCACACGUACAGCAUGUAUUUGCUCUGACGACUGAACCUAAAGGCCGCGCCCUGAUCCCAUUCCAUAUUUCGCUUCAUAGCGGCGGCAAGACACGCCAGAGUUUCUGGGAAGAGGGGCGCUUUGGCUCCAAAUCUCUCCAAGAGUUUCUCCCUAGCUUUGCAGCUAAGCUAAAAUGCGCACCAAACGAUAUUGAGAGAAUUAAGCUAGUGCUGCGGUUGAAAACUCGAGAGGUUGAAAUUGAGAUGGAGGCUAGAAACGAGGACAUAUGGGAGAUAGCGAUGGCCACUUUUAGAGAUGAGAUUAAAAGAGGAAAGGCAAAGGGUGAAGUAAAGGGGGUGAGUGUGCUUGUGGAACCGGUAAUGAGGAAAGGCGGUGUGGAGACGGGAGGCUGGGACGAGGAUGAGGAGUUCGAGUUGUAA